AUGCCUACACUCAAACAGAUAACCUGUGCCAUCGAGCUGGGCCCAGGCAACACUCGGCUCAAGGAAUAUGGCCACAAGAUCACAGAUGGCGCCGUGGAGGCGUACAUUGUCGCACCGGACAGCGAGAUCCCAUUCCACGUGCACAUCACGUCCGAAGGCUACAUCGCACCAGGGCUUUCGGCGUAUGUGUUCAUGGACGGAGAAUAUCAAUGCAACAGAAAUCGCCUGCGCCUGCGGUUGCCCGAGGACGGCGUGAGUACGGACGAGUAUCAGAUCGACCUCAAGUUGCGGCAGAAAGAGGAGAAGACAUCAGAUGGCACCUUCAUUGCCCGGGAUUGGACCUUCACGCCACUCGGAACCGGUAUCGCCGACAAGGCGCCAAACUUGAAGAACUUCAAGGACAAUGUGGGUACCAUCGAGGUGGUGAUUCUACGCUGCAAGGAUGGUGGCGGUAAGGAACUCUCCACGGACCCAGCUCAGGCGACUGUCUCGAGGAAUCCAUCCUACGCCGUGCGGGCCCCGUCGGCGCGUGCACCCUCGGUGCGCGCACCCUCAGUGCGUGUGACCCCGACACGUGCGCCCUCCACCGUCAAGUCUUCAAACAAGAGUCUCCUUGGUGGCAUGAUGGACAUCUUCGACGGCGCCGGCGAUGAACCAGGAUACUACAAACAAUACAGGCCGAGGAACAUUGUCGGCCAAGAGCAUCUACCUGGUCACAAGUGGGACACCUCUUCGGGACAGUACCGUUACUCCAACGACCAGGAUCCAUUUGUCGAUCAACGCGAGCAGGCUGACAGCCGUUAUGCCGGCUCGUUYUCUGCCGAUCGCUAUCGUCCAGAGACCUACACGGUUGGAGGUGGAUUCAGCUACCAGGAGUCAGUGUGGUCACAAGAUGAGCCUACAGAGAAGCCAAAAGUCUUUGUGCCCCAGACCUCACCCGGAUAUGACUUCAAUGCGCGACGCCGCAAGCCUCCCCGGAGAGACACGGUAGAGCAUACAAAGUCAACAUAUGAUUUUUCACGGAGUCGAAAGCAKAAUGUUGAACACAGGCAUCAGCAUACACAACGGACCGCCCCGCGGUCUCAGCAAACCUCCGAGCAUUCUGCCCAACCGGAGGAUACUCCCGAGCAACACGCGCAGCCCGAGCAGAAGGGCAGUGGACUUGCAUUUGUGGAAGAGGCAGGCCAGCUGAUAAAGCAAGAAGUGCAUCGCUUUAAUUUCGAAGUUGAUAAGUACGCUGCUCUCAAGGAGGAUGCUAAGAGGUACAGCAAUCGCAGAGUGAUCUAUCUCGAGAUAAUCAAGGCCUCACACCGCAAGUACGGAGAGAUUGUGGAGAUUAUGAAAGAUCUGGGACACCUGUAUGGAAUUGUGAAGCAGACCAUGGACGAUAUGGAUCGGGAAACAUGGAGACGGGCCUCUGACCUUCUCUAUGACAUGGAACUUUAUCCGCCACCAGCGUUUGAGGUCGAGCCGCCUCAAGGAUAUGAUGAGGAGGGAAGACCGGAAGCCCCGCCAUCUCUCGCUGGAGCAAAGGAAGAUCCUGACGCCGGAUGGGGUUUCGAGCAAGUUGGUGAAGGUACCGCUGGUGAGAAGCCCCAUGUUCAGGGGCUUCGUCAAGUCUGGGAGGACUCCAGCCCGAGCAAGAAGGAGGGUUCAAAAGCUUCCUGGGGUGGCUCGAAGGACAGAAAAAAGGAAAAGUCUACAACGGAAUGGGCUCAGCCAGACCCCGUGCCCGUCAAGGAGGACUCAGGGUGGGGCAACGACAACGGUAAGGACUCCAAGGGCAAGUCGACUUCUGGACAGACUACUACUAGCGACAAGAUGCCGGGAGCAUGGGACGACACUGACGACAACAAGGCAGGCAAUGACGGUUGGGGAAACAUAGAGGAGGCAGCCAAAAAGAAGAAAAAGGAAGACGGGAGAACGGCUCCUGCCUGGGAUAAUGCUGAAACCCCCAAGGCUAAGAGCGGAAAAGCUGAUCAGGGUUGGGGCGGUGAUGCUGGCAGGAAGCCACGAGAUGGCAGCCGACAUGGGCGCACCUCACAGGCUCCCACUCAUCGCACCGGACCCGCGAACGAUGGUGCCAGGUCGGACUAUUAUACCCUCGGUGAUCCGCAGCCGAAGCCUGUGAUCAAGCCCUACUGGAGCGAAUGGACCUCGAAGCCGGUAACAGUCAAGCCAAAGGUGCAGCCGCGCGAGGUUUAUGAGUACCCUGCUUUGCCAUUGCCUGCGUUGCCAGGUGGCAAGGCAGACAAGGGUAUCACCCAAGCCGUGCAUGCGGGCAGAGGCGCGAACUAUGCCCACAAGCUGUACCGACCGGAAUACCUUGACACAAUGUCGAAGCCAUACGCCGUCUUCACUUUCAAGUACAGGAGCAAGGCGGCUCUGGAAGCCAUUCUGAAACAGAAAAUCUCCGACACCGAGAUCCGCGAGGCUAGGGUGGAGGCGAAGAAGCAUUCAUUGCUGGGUAAAUCAAAGGACGAGCUCGUUGAGGAGCUGAUGAAGAGAACGAGCAUCGCUGCUCAGUCGAAAGCACCGUCGAAGGCUGCGACCGGCAAGCAUGAUGAUUGGGGCGCUACAAACGAGAAGGCUGCAAGUGUGAAGGGGUCAUCCAGUCACAGAGUGUCGCAGUCAAAGUCCCAGGUGAAUGAUGCUUGGGAUUCUAACAAGACGGUUCAUCCGUCUGACUCUGUUAGCCAGUCUGGAGCCAAACAACCCAGUGGUACUGCCGGUCGGGGACAUGGAGGAGGCACCAACGUGGACAACAGUUGGCCGAAGGAGUCAAGCCGGCGCGCGAAUACCAAUCCACCAGCGUCUAGACACUCUACCAAGGUAGGUGGCAACAGUGCAGAUCAGUGGAAUGAAGCUGGUUGGGGUCCGGCUGUCAAACCGCCGAGUGCUCACACCGCUGAACACUUUCCCGGCGCUGAGGUGACCGGCAAGACGUCCGGGAAAAAGGGAUUCAUUGGAAAGUGGUAG